AUGAAGUGGUUAUCAAUUUUACUUAUUAUUCUACCAUUUACAUAUGGUACUAUUGUAUUUAAACAAGUACAGUUAAGUUCAGGUGGAUCAUCUUGUGGAGGAUCUUCUUGUGGUGGAUGUGCGGCUGCAGCACCACCAGCAAUGCCUUCUUGUGGUAGAAAAAAAAGAGAAAUUGGUGAACCACCAGUAGAAAUUACCCAUGAUAAUGUCAUAUGUACAGAUGAUGAAUUAAAAAAAAUUAUAUCAGAGAAUUUAUCUGAUGAUGUAAAAGAAAGUAUCAAUUCAAUUCGUCUUGGAUUAAUGAGAAAUGCAACGGAUUCCAAAUUUGCAGUUAUCUGUGGCCAACAAACAUUUUCCUUCAAAUCGCGAUCAAAUAAAUUGUGUGUUGUUGGAAAUGCAAAAGUUGCAUGUCAUAUCUUUGAACUUUAA